CCAUAAACAAGGUCAAAAUUCCUUUAGAUAGACAAUUUUUGCCCCUUCCCUCUUUCUGACGCCCAACUGCCCCUAACAAACCGUGCGAUCUCUUUUUAAGUCUUUUAACACAACCUUAAAAUCCAUUCAUGGCGGAACUAUUUCAAUCUUUCGUUCAUCUCUAGUUUCUUCUCAUCAGCCCGUUUCUCAGAUCUGUAAAACUUCACUUUUUGUUACUAUUUAUGGAAAUGGCAACAAUAUCUUCCAGCCCACGCUCCGUCGAGGAGAUCUUCAAGGAUUACAGUGCUCGCCGCGCCGGUAUUGUUCGAGCUCUCACUUAUGAUGUUGAUGAAUUUUACUCAAAUUGCGAUCCAGAGAAGGAGAAUCUAUGUUUAUAUGGACAUCCAAAUGAGACAUGGGAAGUAACACUGCCAGCAGAGGAAGUCCCUCCAGAGCUUCCAGAACCUGCAUUGGGGAUUAAUUUUGCAAGAGAUGGAAUGCACAUAAGAGAUUGGUUGUCAUUAAUUGCUGUGCAUACUGAUUCUUGGUUGCUAUCUGUUGCUUUCUAUUUUGGCGCUCGUCUUAACAGGAAUGAAAGAAAGCGUCUAUUCAGCCUAAUAAACGACCUACCCACUGUAUUUGAAGUUGUAACAGAGCGAAAGCCCAUCAAGGACAAACCAAACAUGGAUAGUGGUAACAAAUCCAGGUCCAACACAAAGCGGUCAAACGAUGGUCAACUAAGAAGCACUCAAACGCCUUACGAUGAUAAUUACGUGGAAGAAGAAGAAGAAGAUGAGCAUGGAGAAACUUUUUGCGGGUGUUGUGGCGGGAAUUACAGCGGUGAUGAGUUCUGGAUUGGUUGUGAUAUCUGUGAGAGGUGGUAUCAUGGUAAGUGUGUGAAAAUAACACCUGCCAAAGCCGAAAGCAUUAAGCAGUACAAGUGCCCUUCUUGUGCCACAAAGAAGAUACGCAUGUAAUCUUAAAACAUUUGUCUUUUCUGACUGACUCAGAAAAGACAGAUACGAAAGAAACGGAGAUGGCUUUAGGUGGAGGCGUUGAUGACGCAACAUAUGUGCUAAUUAAUUUAGUUUUUUCACUUUUACCCCUGAAAUCUGCUUCUAGGAUAUAGGGGUUGUUUUUGCGGGAUUAUAAAUUGAAUGUUUUGUUUUUUGUAUGUUUGAUAAUAGUUUGUUAGCCUUAUUUCCAUUAUGUCGUAAUGCACACAAUGUGUUUGAAUUU